AUGUCGGCGAACCUGACGAUCCCCAAUGGUUAUUCCACACCUUUCGCGGUGGUGACAGACACCGAUCAUGGAGCCUGGAUCAUCAUCGCAACGGCGCUGGGGCUUUCUCAGAUACUGCUGUUCGCUGGCAUACGCGCCUUUGUGAAAUGUGUUAUCAAUCCGGGACUGGCCUUUGAUGAUACGAUGGUGUUCACAGCGACCGGAUUCGCCGUCAUUCAGUCAGCCCUCGUACUGGGAGCCUGUCACGCUGGACUGGGCCGAUCAGCAGAACUCAUAUCGUCCGGCGACCAGGAGGCUCUUCAGAAGCUGUACUACGCAGCUAGUCUGUUUUUCGUCCUGUCUCUUGGGCUCUCCAAGGCAUCAGUGGCCAUUUUCGUCCUUCGACUGGCGCCUUUCGAUCCACAUCGCCAAGUAAUAAAAGCUCUCAUCAUCGCAAUCCUCGCCUGGACCCUCGCCCUUCUUCUUGCGAUCGCGUUGAAGUGCAAUCUCUCCCACCCUUGGACAGUGCUAGACGAACAGUGCAGCGGUCUCUUCCUGCGUUGGGGCAUUCUGGAGGGCUUCGGCUGCUUCUUCGAACUCGCCAUCUUCGGGAUUGCGAUCUGGCUGGUCAGUGGUCUGCAGAUCAAGCAGCAGAAUGUUAUCACGGUGAUCGUCAUGUUUGCGUUUCGCUUGCCCGUCAUCCUGUUCGUCAUCCUCCGCCUAAGAAGCUUCGACCAGUCCGGUUUCCACAAAGACCCAACGCUGCGCGAGGCCAAAGCAAUCUGCUGGACACAAGUCGAAAUGGACUACUCAAUCAUUUCAGCGACGAUCUUGAUCCUCCGCCCGCUCGUGAGCAAUCUGGUGACCCACUACGGUGGGCAAGGCCGGACGGGUAAAGAUAGCGACGAGGCUUACCAACUGCACCUACUUUCCGCAGAGGCGCAGAGCAGACGAGGAACUGAAGGGACCAUCGUCACCGGAGAGACGCGUUCGGACAGUGUGCCGAGCGGUAUUGAUGUGUAUGCGGCUAUGAGUGGAGCUCAGCCGACUGCUGGGCCGAGUCGUUCGAGAACGGUGGAAAUACCUUCGACGGGUCUGCCUUGA